AUGAACCACAGAACCAACACCUCCUACUUCUGCCUCAUCCGCCUCACCUCCGACAGCGAGUUCUUCGACAGCGAAUGGAUGGGCAGUGUCAUCACCGCGCUGGAGCAGGGCCACUACACCAUCUGGAGACAGCUCAGCCGCACAAAAAGCCCCCUGCCCAAGAGAUCCGACCUGUUCCGCGUCGACAUCAGCUCUGACAUCCUAGAGCCCAAGCACCACGAUAUGGUCGUGAAGGUUCUCCGCGCCCGCAUGCUCCGGAACCAGAAGAUCGCGCGCAUCGUCGAGGCCCAGCACCCCGGGGGAGGCGAUUCUGUUGUUGGAGCGGAGCGUCCGGCGUCGGGCGGGUUUCCGCUGUUUUGUGAGAUCCCUUGGAUGGGGGAUCCGGACGAUUGGUCGGAUGUUGAGGAGGUUGAGGAGGUUGAGGAUGGGGUUGAUGGCAAUGUGUGCCGUGUUGUUCUAUGUUGGAACAGGAGUAGAUGUUUGCAGGUUCUAGUUACCUGUUCUGUUAACCACCCUCAUUAUAGCCCUUUGGUCGUGUUCAACACAGCAAUACUCCGGAAAGAGUUCUAG